ACCUAAAUAGCCUUCAUAUGAGAAUUUCGUUUUUUUUUCGAAUUAAUAAACAAGCGAAAUGUUGGAAAGUUUCACCUAAUUCACUCCUAAACUCUGUUAUAAAUUCUCGUCUAGACAGCAUCUUCCAACAACCCACACCACACUACAUUCUUCAUUCUCUCCGAAAACAACAACCCAAAUGGGAGAAGCGGCGGAGCAAGCACGUGGCUUCCACGUGACCACCACCAGGAAUCAAGUCAUCACAGCGGCUCUUCCCCUCCAGGACCACUGGCUCCCACUCUCGAACCUCGACCUCCUCCUUCCUCCUCUCGACGUCAACGUUUGCUUCUGCUACAAGAAAUCAGUUAACAUUACCAACACAGUGGCUCAUGAAACCCUCAAGACGGCUUUGGCAGAGACUCUCGUCUCCUACUACGCCUUUGCCGGCGAGAUCGUCACUAAUACUACCGGAGAACCAGAGAUUCUCUGCAACAAUCGUGGCGUAGAUUUUGUGGAAGCCGGUGCUGACGUGGAGCUUCGAGAGCUUAACCUGUAUGAUCCUGAUGAAAGUAUUGCCAAGCUUGUUCCCAUCAAGAAACAUGGAGUCAUAGCGAUUCAGGUAACUCAACUGAAAUGUGGAAGCAUAGUUGUUGGCUGCACAUUUGAUCAUCGUGUAGCGGACGCAUAUUCCAUGAACAUGUUUCUCUUAUCGUGGGCCGAGAUAUCACGGUCUGACGUACCAAUCUCUUGUGUACCAUCGUUUCGAAGAUCUCUGCUAAACCCACGAAGACCUUUGGUCAUCGAUUCAUCUAUAGACCAGAUUUUUAUGCCUGUCACCUCCUUGCCCCCUCCACAAGAAAUUACCAAUCCAGAAAAUCUCCUUACGAGCCGUAUCUAUUACAUAAAAGCGGAUGCAUUAGAAGAGCUCCAAACUCUAGCCAGCAGCUCGAACAACGGUAAAAGGACAAAACUUGAAUCAUUUAGUGCGUUUCUGUGGAAACUCGUGGCAGAGAAAACAGCUAAAGAUCAUCCAAAAACAGCGAAAGAUCAUCCAGUCCCGUGCAAGACCUCAAAACUUGGGAUCGUCGUGGACGGAAGGAGGAGACUUAUGGAGCAAGAAAACAAUACUUACUUCGGAAACGUUCUCUCAAUCCCAUUUGGUGGACAGAGAAUCGAUGACUUGACUAACAAGCCACUGUCUUGGGUGGCCGAAGAGGUUCACAGAUUCUUGGAGAGAUCAGCGACCAAAGAACAUUUUUUGAAUUUGAUCGAUUGGGUUGAGACUCGUCGCCCAACACCUUCGGUUUCAAGAAUCUACAGCGUCGGAUCUGACGAUGGACCCGCCUUUGUGGUUUCUUCCGGGAGGAGUUUUCCUGUGACCCAAGUGGAUUUCGGGUGGGGCUCGCCAGUUUUUGGAUCUUACCAUUUCCCAUGGGGUGGCAGCGCCGGAUACGUUAUGCCGAUGCCAAGCUACGGAGAUUGGAUGGUUUACUUGCACCUUACGAAAGGACAGUUGAAGUUCAUUGAGGAAGAGGCUUCUCAUGUGUUUAAACCUAUUGACAAUGAUUAUCUCAAGAUUUAAAAAAUAAAACCCCUAAUUUCGUAGUUCAUGCGUUAUCAAUUAUGGGUAUACAACUCGUGUGGUCAAGUUCUCCGGUUGGAUAUGUUUUUUUUUUCUUUCCUCAUUUUAUGUGAUAUUAUGUUUUGCCUUGGGUCUUUGUAUUUGAAAACAUAAUUGUAUGGAUCUCUCUCUACCUCUCAGAAAAACAAACCACUAGAUUUGGUUCUCUA